GUCUCACACGGAGCAAGGUUCGCCGCAAGUUUGCGAGAUGGCGUGCAUGCCUGCCGGCUUGCAGGGAAGGGAGCCGGCAAUAUUCCAUGCUGAAGCUCUCCCACGGUGCAAGAUCGGCAGCUAGUUGUGUUGUGAUCGGCUGCGUGUUGUAUCGAACGAAGAUGGCUGCUUCAGGUACAGAUGUUCAGAGCAAACUGGCAUUAUUAGCUCUUUUGGUGCUAAACGAUGCAGAAAUACAUGCUACUGAGAGAAGAAGAAAAGAAUGGACGAAAAACUGGAUUAAGAGGAGAAACGCUGGGAAAGGUGUGCUCUCCAUGCUUCAUAAAGAGUUGAGGAUAGAAGAUCGCACAUCCUUUGCAAAUUUUAUUCGAAUGGAUGUAUCGGUAUUUGAAGAACUGCUUCGAAUGGUUUCGCCUUUGAUUCAGAAGAAAGACACUGUGAUGCGUCAGGCAAUUACGGCGCGGGAAAGGCUUGCUGUCACACUGCGUUUCCUAGCGACCGGAAACACUUACAAAGAUUUGGCCUAUUCUACACGAAUAGCGAACAACACGCUCUCCCGUAUGAUACCAGAGACUUUGAUGGCCAUAGCAAGCGUGUUAGGAGAUAAUGCGAUACAGUGUCCACGUGAUCCUGCCGAGUGGAAAGUAAUAGAAGAUGGGUUCCACAGCCUCUGGCAAUUCCCGCAUUGCAUUGGAGCACUUGAUGGGAAACAUGUCAAGUUUAGGCCUCUGCGCUCUGAUGGUUCAUCAUUCAGAAACUACAAAGGUCACGACAGCAUAGUUCUUUUAGCUCUAGUAGAUGCUAAUUAUAAAUUUUUGUUUGUGGACAUUGGCAGAAAUGGAAGAAUGAAUGAUGGUGCAAUAUUCAGAGAGAGUGCCUUGUUCGUGAAACUCAUGGAUGGUUCAUUAAAUUUGCCACCAAAGUCUCCACUUCCAGGUAGUGACAUCUGUGUUCCCUACAUGUUUGUGGCAGAUGAUGCUUUUGCGUUAAAGGAAAAUUUAAUGAAACCAUAUCCUGAACGUGACAUGACACCUGAAAAAAGAAUUUUUAACUACAGAAUUUGUAGAGCACGUAGAGUUGUGGAAAAUGCCUUUGGCAUAAUGUCAAACAAAUUCAGAAUUUUGCUGCAGACUAUUCCACUAUCUGUUUCCAAAGUAGAGCUCAUUACAAAAGUGUGUUGUUUGCUACAUAAUUUUGUACUUGCCAGAAACUCUCAAGGAUAUAUCCCGCCAAAUGUAGAUGAAUUACCAUGUCUUCCUGGCAUUGCUACUCAGGGUGCAAAUCAUAGUGCAGCCAGUGCAAGAGAAGUGAGACAACAUCUGACAUGGUAUUUCAAUACUGUUGGCAGAGUUCCAUGGCAGGAAAGGUGUGUUCAGGAAGGUAACAGAUAAUGGUUUACUAUGUUUCUGAAACAUUACCUUAUUCAUUGUUUCAUUUUCAGUCCUUUGGCAUAUUGACUGUGUGUGUGUGUGUGUGUGUGUGUGUGUGUGUGUGAGAGAGAGAGAGAGAGAGAGAGAGAGAGAGAUAAAUAUAAAUUUAUAUGUAUCUCAAGCAAUGAUUGGAACCUGUGCAAGACCUUGGAAAAAUCUGAUCUUAUUUUGUAUAACAGCUCCACAAUUAAUUACCUGGGACAUGUAGAGAGCCACUAUUAUGAAAUAAUAUUUUUCUUUGAUGGUUAUGAAGAAGGUAUGGAAAUACCUACUACACAUUUAUGUAUCCCAAAUUAACAGUUUUGGAAGAUAAUUUUGUGGUGACUGUAUUUGUGGUAGUAAGGUACUGCACAAUAUUUUUUUCUGAUUGAUAGCACUUGGAUUUAUAUGCUUAUUUUUAUUUUACUUAUUUAUUCAUUCAUCGAAGGAUCAUCUAACAAUUAUCUGGUAUUUGUCACCAUAAUACAAUGGAAAGACAUAGUUUGUAAAUAUACAUAUAUGUGUACAUAUAAGUAUGCUUUUGGGAUAGGACAGCUGGUUGGUUGUGGCCUUGACAGAACCUUGAUGAGGGGUAACAUAAAUCAGGAUGGCCAAAUAGGGCCUGCUCCAACCUCUAAAAUAUGAGGUUACUAUUUUAACAGUUGGAUUGGCUCAUCUGUUUAACCCCUAUUGUACAGUGUUCUUUGAUUUAAGUACUGUCUGUUCCAGGUAACUUAUAAUACAAAUGUGGUUUUACUGUUCACUUUUGGUUGGACAUGGAACAGCAUUUAGUGAUAACUCUGGAUCACAAAUUUGCUGCUUUACACCGUGCUCUAACUUUAGUCUGCUUGGAAAACUGGCUCCACACUGGUAGACAUACUUCUAUUCCCACCUUUGUCUUGAGUCUUCAUCCCCUGUUAUUCACUUCAGAUAUUGGCACAGGAUUACAGUAUUUUACAGUGUCGGGAUGAUGUUAUCCCAUAUCACUAUUAACCACUUCCAUUAACACUGUAUCAGUGAUUCCCAACCUUUGUGAAACAAUGUUUCUGCAUGGAGUCAGAUAUUAGCUACUACCCUUGCACACCAAUUUUUGUUGCUACUACUUUUUGAUAACCUCUUUUUUUUAUAGAAUGAUGUUGGUAGUCUCAGAACAACAUGUUAAAAUUGGUUCAUUGUACUCCUGUUUGUAAACCAGUUGAUUUUUAGACUCCUUGCGUUUGAAAUACUAGUAACUAGAAGACACCACUUUGCUACUGUUCUGCGUGAGAACUGAAUAAUAAUAAUAAUAAUUUGUGUGGCACAAUGGCAAAGUGCCUUUCUUUUGAUGUGAUGCCACUUCGGCAACUUGCACAUUCCUAAUCUAAUCCUGUUAUCAAGAUGGGACAUGUCAUUUUUGGCAGCUCCUCACAUCACUGAAAGGGGAAUGCUACAGUGAAGGCCAACUGAAAA